UCUGAUCUCAAAACUUUUUUACACUUUUGUCGGUUUGCGUAUAUAAAAAAAAAGAGAGAGGAAAACAUCUUUGUUUCUUUGUACAUUCCGUAGAGUUUCUGUUCUUGGCUUGGAGCAAUGCUAUUAAGUUUCUUGUUUUAGUAGCAGCAUCAAUCUUUUUCUUUGAUAUCAAAUUUGGUUGUGGAACAGAGGAAGAAAACUUGAGUUUGUAGAUUUUGAAUACAACAAUACUUUAUAAGUAUGUCUGUAAAUGGAUCAGUCAGAAAGGGAAACUGUUUGAAUUUGCCAAGCUUUACACUUAUGUGCCAGCUUUGUUCUCAAAUGUAGAACAUUAUCUUAAAUUUAAUCUUAAGAAUCUGUUUGCUAUAUGUUCUGCAACAGCCAAGCUUGACUUUAAACCAUGCGGUGCCAAAGAGAUUCACAAGACCAGGAACUUCAUUAGUCUUCUCACUUUAACAAAUAAGUAGAGGCUUGGGAACACAAAUGCUUUCACAACAAAAACCAAAAUGCCAUAGUGAACUAAGUAGUUGUACGGUCCUUAUACCCAUCCCUUGCAUCAGAUUCUUAUGGAAGCAUUCCCUUUAGCACACUUUUAAGAAAAUUUUAUGCUGAAUCCAUCUUUCCAUUAUCCAAUCAAGUGUGUCUUUUGCAUUCUUCAGGAGAAUGUCGUGGACAACAAGCCGAAGCUUGGUUGUGGGUGCAGAUUAGAUUCUCACCAUCCUGCUCUUAAAGUAAUGAAAGUUCCAUACGUACAAGACUAAUACAAGCGCUCAGGACUAAUAAGCUUCUGGUGAAAAGUCGGGAGAAACAGAAAGAUCUCCCCACCCAUGAAACUGCUCUUUCUCUUCGUGAGAUUCUACUCUGCAGCUGCAUUUUCUACGUUUAUAAGAGAAACAGGAGACUCUGGGACGUUCUGUCUGCUGCAUUGGCUGUAAUUGUAGUUGAAUACAUAGGAGCCUUAAUGCAUUCCAUUACUCAACAUGUUUAACUAUUGGAAGUCUCCCUUGAACUGUUCCUAGACUCAUUCAACUAUAAAUUAAAAAAAAAAAAAUCAUCAUCAGUUUUUUUGUUUUUUGAAUGAAUGUUAAAUUUAUUCAAGACAAAAAACACUUUUGUACAAUAGUUGUGUUAUUGUUUGAAAGGAUUAAAAUUGUAAAACUACUCUAGAAAAACACUUUCAUCUAGUAGCAAACCACAUUCCCAUAGCUGUGCUAUAUCAUCAUCAGUUUUGCAAACAGUAUUGCGCAAAUCUUUAAGCUUUCGUGAUGAUUCCAAUGGAUGCAAACCCUUGGCUGCCUUACAGGUUUUAGCUCAGACCUUGGAAGCAACAACACGACCGAAACAGUGCUCGAGUCUUGUCUGUAUAGCCUUCUAUUUGAUCUUGACUUGAAAAACUAUUGCUUCACUGCAGAGCAUUUGGGAUCAUCUUCAAAAUCUGUGACCAGAACUGGAUAACCAAACCGAUGAAAUCAACCCUUCAGGCUAAACCGAAAAAAAAGACAAUGGAGACUCAACCGGCGUUGUAUUGCUUGCGUUUCUUAUAGUUAAGCAAAGAGAUUUUGUUAUAAACUUCCCACAUCGGUAAGAUAGAGAGGCAGUGGUCAUAAGCUUGCACUAUAUAAUGAAGCCGAGUCCAUCCAUACAAAUCAUACCUUUCUCGGCCUUUUGGCUAAGAUCAAGUGUAGUAUCUGUUCUUAUCAGUUUAAUAUCUGAUAUGUGGUCCAUCGGACCACACGAUAUUAACUCUAUUUUUCAAGGGUGAAAGCCCAAUAAGAUAGCUUGCUAUCUGGGCUUUCGCGAGUUGUCCAAGCGUUGCACUACUGCAUGGACCUGGCUCAACCCACCAAAUUUUUAGUUCAAUUUUCUAUUAAGUCAAAUAAUCUGACAUCGUUUAGAUUAACCCCCAAAGUUGUCUACAAGCUAAUUACUAACCAGAAGUAAUAAAAGAUUUAGAUUAAAACAGGAUUGUUGUACAAGCUAAUCAUCACUGACCAGAAGUGAACUGGAUAUAGAAGUACGGAGGAAGAUUCGAACAUGGCGAACGAACCAUCGAGGACCAGAGAUUGUCAUCUCACUCUUCUCAGUUCUCAUCCGAGUUUGGAUGUAGGUUGGUUUUAGCUUUCACCCUCAAGUGACUGGAGAGUUUAUACAAAGGAAUGGAUAAGAAGUAUGGAACCAAUCUACUAUAUGUUGUUAUGAAAUUUUUUUAUGGAAACUCACUUGUCAAUGAUGAUCUUAGGAGUGACUGACUAAUCUUGAAGUUAGAUUAUUGUGUAGUGUUUUUCCAUUCAUGUUGGUGAUCACCAGCUUGGUGAAACCACAUACACCCAUAGCUGUAAUGAGACGUUGGUCAUAUGGGGAGCCAAGACAAAAUUCAGGGUAAGAAUCAUCAUCCAUCUCAUUGAUAGAGCAUAUUGGGAGAAUUAUUGCCUGCUGAGACCUCUAGUAGGAAUGAAUAUCUGAUAUUUCUGUUUAUCCAUGUAUGCAAAUAUGUCUGGCUAAAGAAGAUAGACAGUUUAGAAGUUGCAUCAUGCCAUAACCGGUGUAUCUAACUGUGUGUCACAUAACAUUGGUCUUUUGAUGAGUAUAAGUAGAGAAUUAUUGUAACAAAAAAGUAGAGAAUUGAUCAGAUGCAAAGGCAGGCUGGUUGAUUUGAGGUUUCGGAAGUGUUUAGAGUCUCUAGAAGAAACCUCAGAGUAGAGUUUCUUUGAUUUUGGUUCGCUUACUUGGUCUUUAAUUUUGUACUAUGACUGUUUACUUUUUAGAAAACAAGGAGAUAAUCACUUCUGAAUCUAUCAUGAAUAUGUUGUGGCUAUUGGACUUAUAUCAUCAGUCAAUUGCUCAGUGAUCACUGAAACUACUAAUCAUCAUCUUAGAUAGAAAAAGACGAAUUACUAUUUGUAGAUGUUUAGUGAUGUGGUGAGCUCGUCUUACAUAGUCUAAGUCUUUGUCUGUCACGAUUGCAUCUAGGCUUUCCAUUUUCUACUGAUCUGUGGUCAAAAUGAACCAAAAUCAUCCAUCUGACAAAUGACAAUGUUAUGGUUGUAUCAAUAUGAAAAUGUGUGAAGCUGGAGAACCACAAGGUCGAAAAAGGUUAUGCCCAGGUAUUGAUAUUGGAGAGGAUGAAACAACAGUAUUGGUUAAAUUCUAGUGGCAUGGCGCAUGCCCUAGUGAAUGUUGAUCCUGUGCGUUCUACUUUCUUCAUUGGCUGCCAAGACAGUAGUAUAUAUGCAGAACAGCUCCGCUAUAGCGACUACAAAAAUAUGGAAAGAUCUAUAAUCUUAAGUUGUUUAGUUUAGUUUUCUCCUCUUCAUUGGCCUUUCCUAUUCGCUUAUUCAUAUGUAAUCAGCUUCUCUGGUUUCUUCGUCUGGGGCUAAUAUAUUUUGUUUCUUUUGUCAGUCAUAUUGUUACUUGAAACUUCAAAUGUUUAUGGUUCAUUGCUAUGCACCAUGACACCACAUCACUUGCAGUUUUGAUUUACAGAUGUGCAGAUCAGUUUGUGGACAGUUGGUUCUUUCUUCAAAGUCUAAUUCACACUGCAAGUACUUCUGGAAAAUAGUCAGUGUCUUUUUUAACGAUCUCUGACCAAAAGUUUAGUGUAGUUUCUAUUUUAAAGAUAUAUAGAAGCUAUGAUUAACCAAAAAAGGGUAUAGAAACUACAAUUAUAAAUGUGAUUAUGUUAGUUUUUGAAGUUUGCGAGAAAUGUUCAUUUGAGGUAUAUUUGAUUAUUUUAUAUAUGCCUUUGGCAUAUGGUCCACUCAAACUAUAGUGCGCCAUAUAAUUAAUAACUUAGCCAUAUAAAAAAAAAGAUUUAAUUCCUAUAGAUAGGAAAAAAAGGUUAAAAGUGUUCUCUGUCCAGCAUGCACAAGGACAUGAAUCUUAAAGAACACUCAUAAUCACAUGUCCUUUUGUUUCUCAUUGAGCGUUGUGCUAAACUCCUUAUGUCUAUUCUUGAUUAGGGUUCUAAAUUUUAUUUAUGGAUCAUUUUUAUCAUCUGAAUCCAAAGUAAUUGCUUUCACUGUUCCAAAAUGAUUUAUAUUUUCAUUGAAUAGUUUGAUAUUGCAGAAAUAUUGUAAAAUUAAAAUGGAAGUAAAAAAGUCUGAAUUUAGAAGCUUAUAUAUAUAUAUAUAUAUAUAUAUAUAGGCUACUACUAUAUGAUAUCAGUGUGUCACAUUUCAAAGUCUUGGUUAUGUUUAAUUCAGAGUUGUUAGAAAAAAAAAUUCGUAGAUGGUAACAACAACAAAAACUUAGAUAAAAACGGCAAAAGACAUUAUGAUGUCUAUAGCUAAUGAUAAAUCGCAAUUGUAAAAGCAUUAGUAUUCCCAGUGUUUGACAUGUGCCAAUGGACCAACCCUGAAGUAAAAAUCACAAAAUAAAAAGGAAAGGAAAAAAAAAAUAAAGAAAAGCAAAACCUAAAAGCUAAAACACGAAAGUAAAAAUCACAAAAUAAAAGGGAAAAGAAAAAAAUAUAAAGAAAAGCAAAACUUAAAACACGAAAAAGGUCUAGUGUUUUAAUUGCCGUUGGUGUGAAUAAAAUAACAAUAUCGAGUAAGUGGUUUUAAGGUUUUAGAUAGUGAGAAAAGAAAGAGCUCAAGAAACACAUAAACACAAACAAUGACUGCGAAGAAGAAUAAACUAGAGAACUUGCUUUCUCCUUCAUCUUCAUGGCGGGAAAACCAUAAUCCUCCUCGGAGAAACUCAAACUCCUCUGUCGUUUCCUCUGGCUGCCUCCCGGGAUUCUUCAAUCUCUUUCUAUCAACCUUCAACUUCUCCUCCAACCGCCGCAAAUCCAUCACUUUAGGCUCAAAGAAACAAGAACAUAGAACAGUCGUCUACGCUUCUCCUCCGGAAGACACAACAAAUGGAGACGGUAGAGGGAAGGUCGAGCCGCCGCUUCCACGCAACGAAGGAGUGGAGGAAGAUGCAGCGAGGGUGAGUCUUGUCGGAGCGUUAGAGAAAUGUGACCGGGACUUAGAGGAGCUCCGGAGAACCAUCAACGUCAUCAAAACCACUUACCUUCUUCACAAGAAACUUGAGGUUUCACCACCAAAGGCGCGUACCGGAGAUGUCGUCGUGGGGAUGCAAACAAAUAAUAACACGAAGACGACAAUACACGAAACAGACACGAACACAACAAUGUUCUCGACGAUGAUGAACGAUCACGAGUACAAAGGCAACAACAUUAAUCUAGUCACUAAACCCGAUCAUAAUGACGUCAUUUCCAAGAGAACGAUAGAUACACGUUGCACAUUGCCACUUGUGGUGCGGAAGAUGAGAUCACGGAGCUUGAUGGACAGCGUGAACCAGGUUUGUGAUGACUUGGUAUCUGGUCAACGAAGAGAGGUUGGUAAGAUCGGUUUGGCCCUUCAUGACCACAUCUGUCGGGAUUUAAUCACAGAGAUCGUUGGCGAGCUCUGCUUCUCCCACUACGACAACAACAAGUGUCAUAAACCAGCGGUUGAUUCUGCUGAUGGUCAUGACAAAGGAAGUGGACGCCGACACAUCCGACGUGGUAGUACCAACUCACUCCCGCUCGACGCAUGUCGAAGAAGAUUAGUGUUUUGAUGUGGUUGAUCAUAACAUAGUCGCGACAGUUUUCACCUAUGACGCAUGUUGUAGCUCUUUUAUUAUAACCUUUUUGUAUUAAUAAUCAAAGACGAACAUUUCACAAGGGUGCAAAUGGUUAAGUUUAAUCAUAUACUAGAUUCUGACCCGCCCUCAAAAGGGCGGGUAUAUAUAUAUAUAUUUUUAAAAAUUUAAUUUCAUAUUUAUGUUUUUUAAAUCAUAUUUUUGUUUUUCUUUAUAAUCAUAUUUGUGUAUAAAUCUUAAUCAAAGACUAUUUUAUAAAAUAAUAGCAAUUUAAAAAAUUGACCCGACAUAUACUCGGUUCUUUGUAAUCAUAUGCAUGUAUGUCCGUUUCUUUGUAAUCAUAUGCUCGUAUGCCCGUGCACUUUCAAAGGGCGGAUUUAUUUCCAAAACAAAUCAAAUUUAUUUGAUAUAAAUUUAUAUAUUUAUUAUCAUUUACAUUUAAAUGUUACAAAGAAAGUAUUAUAAUUGUGCAGAUUAUAAUAUUUUUGACAUUUUAACAGAAAUAAUUUUGAUGACGAAAUAUGUAAUUAGGUUUUAAUAAAAUCAUGAUAUUUUGAAAUUUUUAGCAUUUUGAAUUAUUAAUAUAAUAUUAAUAUUCAUACUCGGAAAACCAAUGUUGAAUUUACCUGUAAGUAUGAGUCUUGAAUCCAAUUCAAUCCGACCUAUAUACUCAAAAAUAUUAAUUUAUUGUAUUUAUCUAAAUUUUGCUAAAUUUUGCUAAAUUUAAUUUAUAAUAUAAUUUUAGAUCUUUUCGCGAUAUUUUCAUAUUUGAUCUGAAUCGACGAUAAAAAUGGUAAAUCGAGUAUCUACAUAUAAUCCAGCUCAGAUUUUGGAUUAAAUUAUAAAAUUUCUAUUUAAAACUACAUAAAAUCCGGUUAAAAGCCCAACCCGAAAAAAACGUAGAUAAAUCUAAUGAUCUUUUAUUUUUUUAAUUUAAACUUAAUUUAAUUUCAUGAUAAUUAUAAUUUGUUUAUUUAAAGGCGAAAUCCUAAUUUUAUAGAUAAAUUAGUCAAAUAAUUUGCAUUUCAUGAAAAUGAAAUAAAAUUCUAAUUAUAUUUCGUAAAUAAAAAAUACUUUUUAUAUUAACUAUUUCAAUGGUAGAUAAUAUUAUACUAAUAUAUUAUCUAUUUUAUUAAAAGGGCAGAUUUAGUAAAUAUAAAGCAUAAACUUAGAUUUAAAAUAUUAGUAGUCAUAAUAGUAAGAAUAAAGGUAGAUAUUAAUUCACUGGAUAAACUAAUGUAUAAUGUAUAAGUAAAGUAUUAUUUGUGGUUAUAAAAUAUAUUGUCUGUAACAAAAUGUGUAGAUGUUUUAAAAAAAAGUGAUGUAGUUAUUAUGCAGAUUUGAAUCAAACGUAUAUCAAUUAUUUAUUGUACACUCUUGUAAACAUGGUAGUUAUGGAUCCUAGAAUAUAGGAAUAAAGGUAAGCAGUUAUAAAAUAUAUAGUUUAAUUUUUAUAUAUGCUGCAUAGGAAAAUAAUAAAUUGGACAUAACCUUUUAUCAAUUGGUCAUGUUGCUGUUUUAAUAGUAUUGAUUUUUUCAGUCGUGAGAUUUCACCGUCUUCGCUAGUGGAUCUCUACACCCGUUCAUUCAGCCCGUAAAUCUAUUAAUGGAGAUGUGUUAAUCUUUGGAAAGUUUAUAAAAUUUAUUUACUAAGCAUAUAUAUUUUUCAUGAUUUGGUUUCAUUCACACAUAUUGUGAAUCAAUUUCUAAUGUAUCACAAUGUUGGGAUUGUGAAAUUUCGUGUUCAGCUCUAUAUUGUCUAAUUAGUACGAUAUUGUCUAUUUUGAAUUUUAGGCAAACCCGCAUAAUUUUAUUUUUGGUUUCUUUCCCGGAAUACUUCGUACUAAUUAGAAUUAGAUAUCUCUUUAUAUAUAAGACAUUCAUUCGUCCAACUUUCAAUUUGUAACUUUAUUCCAUAUCUCACACACCCAUCAUUCACUAUUACCGUUUAACCAUAUUUAAUUAUGACUUUUUCUAAUAAACAACCAAAACUAAAUAUAAUUUGAGAACAUAGAUAACAUUUGCAGUUGAAC